CCAAACUCCACCCUUUGACUGUGCGCUGGCCAUGUUAAAUUAAUAACGCGGCCCAGAGCUGUCUGGGACACCUGGGGUUAUCGCAUUAGCCCGACAGCCCGGAGCGGAGCGGCAGCACCCUCACACCAAAAGGGGCAGUGCCCUCCCUCCUUAACCCCGCCCUUUUCUGUUGUUGUCUCUGGCACCAAGCGGCUCACUUCACCACGGAGCCCCCGCCAAAUAAAGCCAGCCAGUCAAAGAGUGGAGAUCUGGUGCCGAUAAAUCUAAUUAGGCUGGAAUGCCCGUCUCUCCUAAGCCGUCGGGAGGUCGCCUCAUGCCACAACAGGUGCCUGUCCGCCUCAUCCUGGUCAGUGGCAAAACGCAAGACUUCACUUUCUCUCCCAACGACUCGGCCACAGACAUCGCCAAGCACGUGUUUGACAACUGGCCAGCAGGAUGGGAGGAUGAGAAGGUGAGCAGUUCCAGUAUCCUGCGCCUCAUUUUCCAGGGACGCUUCCUUCACGGCAAUGUUACCCUGGGAGCUCUGAAGCUGCCACCGGGACGAACGACCGUAAUGCACUUGGUUGCGAGGGAGACUCUUCCAGAGCCCAACUCUCACGGUCAGAGGAACAGAGAAAAAACCACAGAAAGCAACUGCUGUCUCCUCUUGUAAAGCAUCAUAAAAAAACACCCCCCCCCCCCCCCCCCCCCCAACAUCAUGCAAACUAAACAUAACACACAUCUAAACAUGCAAACGCCCUUACUUUUUUCUCCUACUGCUCGUCUCUUCGCCUGCAGAUCUGGAAAGAAACGGCAGGACG